AUGUCUUCAAACGUUCUGUGGAAAAUUCUGAUUCUUUCAGUCUGUUUGUCUACAAUAACUUCUGGUUUAUCGCAAAGCAAUAAGGUUAGUCAACUCAGUUUUAUUAUAUUUGGUGUGUGCAUGUGUUGAGUUAAGCCUUAAAUUUCUAGUUUUAAGUUUUAUGCGCCCACCAAAGUGCACGAAGGCUGACUAUUCCAUCUAAAACUCGCGAAGUUUGAACUUGCACAAGAAAUUGUUCAUUACAAAUUGAUAAAUUCACUUUUUACUUCAGAAUUUCACUAAAUGUAAUCCAGGAAAGUCACGAAAACCUAGCUGGGCGCGUCAAGAACUUGAUUUGUGUAUAGGAGAAAAAAACGGAGUCACUCAAUGGCAAUAUAUCGAUGGUAAGGACAGUGUUAAUGACCUCUGUACUGAUAUUCAGUAGUUGUGAAUUAAUGGUCUGUACUCUGUAGUAACAUUAGACUGAUACAGAAUGGUCCUGCAUGACUGGACCUCUAUACUAGAGAGAAUAGUUUCGAACUAUACGACUAAUUCAAUUAAGGGUGUCCUUUUCAAAGUCAAAACUCAACCAUGAUUGACAUGCAUACAGUUUGGCUAGCUUCCUCCGCAGGCAACUAUGUAGUUCUACAACGUUAUUAACUAUAAAAGAUUUAUCAAGAACGUAGAAAAUACAAGGAAAUAGUUCUGAAAUACGAUAUGAUUGUGAUUUUAUCGACAUUGAGCAUAGUGCGUUUGUCUGUUGAAGGCAGCUCGUAUUGUCCACAUAUGUUCCACAUUAUCCUCCCUAUUUUUUCAGCUCCAGGCCUUUUUAAUUUGCGCUUCUUGUUUAUUAAUAUAUCGUAUUUGAGAACUAUUUCCUUGUAUUUUCUACGUUCCUUUAUAGUUAAUAACGUUGCAGAACUACGCAGUUGCCUGCGGAGGAGGCUACAGUUUCUCAAUCAUGGUUUGCGACGCUCCGUAGCUAAUAAGUAGUACGGUUGCUACGUCUCACAUUACUCACAAGCCGCGUUUUGCUUCUGCGUAUAAAAACUAUUUUAAUGGACCAAUCCCCAAUUAACCAAAAUUUUGAACUCAACAAGUCUAGACAAAAUUUCAUCACAGCGUGAAAGAGCAUCCCAAAAUUAGUAAUAUUCCAAAGUUUCAUUGCGAAAUGUUGUAAAAUGUGGAUAAUAUAGCCUUGCGAAGUUUGUAAUUUUCAGUCAUUUUGUAAUACGCACGGAAGUGGUAACCAUUUCCCGUUUGUAAUCUAAAAUGACUGAAAAUUGCAAACGUCGCAAGGCUAUAUUAUCCGCAUUUUACAACAUUUUAAAACGAAACUUUGGAAUAUUACUAAUUUUGUGAUGCUCUUUCAAGUUGUGAUGAAAUUUUUGUCUAGACUUGUUGAGUUCAAAAUUUUGGUUAUUUGGGAAUUGCUCCAUUGGAUUCUAUAACUCGCUCGUCUAAUCCAAUUCAAUAGCAAACCGUCAAAAUUCGUUGGAUUAACGUUAAAGAAAGUUGUUUGUGGGGCAUGCUCAACUACGUUGGGAUUUAAAUUCACUUGAUUAGCAUAAAUCCUAGACAUAUUAUACUUCAUUAACAAAACAUAAUUACUGUAGUGCUAAUCUAAUAAUAAUUUAAAUAAUAGGCAAUCGCAUUCUAUCCAGUAUAAAUACGGUUAAUUUAGGUUUCUCCUGUGAUAACACAGGAGGAAAAGCUGUUUAGAACUGAUCUAGCAUAAAUUUAGCAUAAUACUGGACCAAGAAGGGAUGACCCUUCUGACCCCAAUAGCUAGAGAGAAAGGUAUUAGACUGAUUGAGCUCAUGAAAAUAUCUAUGAGCUCAUGAGUGAAAUGGAUAUAUUUUGGUGUUGAGAGUUAACUUCAGUAUUUAAGAAAUGGUGCAACAUUCUCAGGUGAGGAAAUACUAUAAAGCAAGUUAGCCAGUCAUUGACAUAACGGCAGGGCAAUUAUCUAACCUCGCUGACUCAUCAAAAGAAAGGAAAUUUUAGCAAAGGAAGGGAUAGAACAAAAAUACGCUAGAACCAACUAUUGUACUUUCUAAACACAGGUUCUCCGACAUUGGGUGAAAUAUUCGACCCAGCCAGAGAUUGUCCAGAUAUUGUUGAUCAUUUGUCUGGAUUUUUUGGAUUUCAUGGGACAUCAAAACUAAAGGUAUUACUAUAAUAUUUAUCAAUAAUUAGAGACACAGCGUAAGUAUGAGUUACACUGCACAGCUCUGGUGUGAUGUGCAUACAGAUGGUGGGGGAGGGGGGAGUUUAUUGGUUGGAAUGAAGAAUAAUCCUGAAUCAUGGACAGUAAUGAACCCUCGAGAUCCCCCACAUUGGUCAAGCAAACUUGGUGAUAUCGAAAUAUUGGACUUUGGUAUUCAGUUUUCCUCGGACAGCACAUUUGAAAGAACUGAAGCACACUGGUAAACAGAUUUAUCAAGGAGUUAGGAUAAGGCUCUUUUCCACUUAUCACGAAAACUAACUCGCAAAUUUUCGCUGGGAAAAUUGCCUCUUAAUUACACAAGAUUAGGGAGCAGAAAGAUGUGAUCUCUCAUAGUUCCAAGGUCGAGUGAAAAUCUUCGCAGUAUCGAGUUACUUUUCUUGUAUUGUCUUUCUAAGAGAACAGAGCUAAUGACGGACGACAAGAAAAUUGUCUCUUGACAAUAACCAUAUGCUUACGAUUUCUUUUGUCAUUACUGAAAAGUUAAAACAUACUAUAGACCCUCCCUCCUCCCAAAAAUAUACAUGUUCAAUGUCCGAAUUAACUUCAAUAUCGAAAACCGAAAACAUGUUGACAUUUUGUGUGGAAUGCUGCUCUAACCAUAAGCAUCUCAAAAUUUUGAGCCUAGGAGUGCCAUUUCCUGCACGCUGAGCGUCGAAUUUCUUCCUAAAAUUUGUCCUUAACGAACCCGUAUUUCCGGACAAACAGUAAUGAAAAACACAAAAAUAAAUGGGGAGCGCACGUUAAAUUAAAAAUUUCUGACCAUCUUGGGCCGUGUCUUUGCAGUUUAGCUUUUACGACCGACUUACGCUUCGUAAUAACUAGCGAUCUUUAUCUAAAAUAGAGUACAUUUUAUAAUCCAUAAAGGGCACAUACUCGUCAAGGACCAGUGAAGAUGCAAAGCCAGCUCGCAGUCGCUGUUUUUGUCUCUUAAAUAAUGCGAACUAAUUCAAGUAUCAAAAUAAAUAGUUUGUCAUUUGGACUGGAAAACAAGUAAGAGAAAAAGAAAAACGGGAGCGGGCGGAGACGCAAAACACUUGUUUAACUUGGCUUCAAUUAUUAUUAUUCCUUAGUGAAUGAAUGGACUUAAUAUGGGAUGGUCAGUCCUAUUGUCUAUUUCUUCCUAUUCUAUGUGUUUUUUUCAGUGUAAUGUGAUUGUAAUGCGGAAAAAGAGUGAUGACAAACGUACGUGAUCGAAUCAGUUUGGCGCCACAUAUCUUUAGUGUAAUCAGCAUGUGAUAAAUGAGCUUAUAAAGUUAGAAACUUAGGCUCAUUCCAUCAUUACGGUUGAAGACACUGAAGGAAGCAGGUCAAACGUGCUGGGAACAAUCAUGUCUUCAAACUUUCUGUGGAAAAUUCUGAUCUUUUCAGCUUGUUUGAGUACAAUAACUUCUGGUUUACCACAAAGAAACAAGGUUAGUUUUAGUUUUAAUCGAUCAUUUGUGCACACGAAGGCUAACUAUAUUUCAUGUAAAAUUUGAACUUGCAAAAGAAACUGUUGAUUAUUGUCUAACCGUUGCUUGAAAAAGCGAUUCAAUCCUUUAUAACGCUUGUUGUAGCACUAAAAUACUUCAGUAUUUUACAGUUUCGUUGUAGUAAACUACCAGCCUCUGAUAGUGAUAGCGUAUUUGCUGCAUUUGCUGUAUUUGCUGCAUACGAAAACGCAAUAUUUCAAGAAGUGCGAGUUGACAAAAUCUCUGCGCAACUCAUUCCCAGCAUUUAAGCCGUUUAACAUAAUUGACGUAACGCGCACAGAAUAUAGGCAUGAUGCAAACCGUGUAAACCCAUUUAAUAUUGGGUUAAUACAUGUAUAGAGAUGUAAUAUUAGAUAGUAUAAUUUUGUAGUAUAAUAUGUAUAUUUAGGAAUUUGAGGGCCACGAAGUUAUCAGUAGUUUUAUCGUACUGUCAAGUGUAACCCUUGAAUUAGUAGGUUAAUGUAGCCUGACGCUGCUAUUAAACAUUGAAACGUGUCAAUAAAUCCAUUGAGGCGGUGGUGGUGGUGGGGGGGGGGUAAUGUGUAUAUUGAACAACAUAUACAGGGACCGUGGAACUUACACUAGUCGAAAACAAUCAAAAUCCAUUGGCCAAAAUUAAAACAUAUCUAACUAUCUUAUCAAAUUUGAGCCAAUAAAAAUGGCGUGAUUUGUAGAUUGGCUAAGGCCGGAUUAGUACAUUCAGUGGCACCACCCUUUAGCACAUAAGUGCCCUCUUCUAACGUCAAUGAAGCAAAGUUCUCUUAAAUUAAACGCCGUUAAAAGAUUGACAUAUCAAUUUAGCUGUCUGAUUUUUUAUCUUUAAAACUGUAUUAUUUAUAAUUUAUAUAAUAUUAUUCCAUAACAAUAUACUUUGAGUUAUAGAAGUAGUUUCAUUUGGCCGGUAACAAUAACCAAUAUUUAUAAAAAUACCAUUUUUGUUAGAUUGAUGGGUAUGGAAACGAUUUUUAUUCUGGACGACUGUGGAAAAGAUGUAUGCAGUUCACGAUGAAAAAUUCCGAUGGCAAACUUGAAAAAUAUUUCAUUGACCCACGAACUGGCACUGCACAUAAGGUUAGAGUAUUGAUAAGAAACAACAACAACGACAACGACAACGACAACGACAACAGCAGCAACAACAGCAACAACAGCAACAAGGUCAAGGAAUUACAAGCAACAACAACUAGCAAGAGAUAAAGCAGCAAGUAAAUAAACAGACAACAAACAACACACAACAAACAAACAGACAGCAAGAAAGAAACAACAAUGAUGAUGAUAUGUAAACAACAACAAUCACAGACGAAAUCUAAAUCUUGAGUUUUCUUUCAGGGUUCCUGUUCAGAAACUUUUAAGACAUUCUUAAACGAAGGCGUAAGUAUGAAGAUUUUGUAGAAGCACACAGAAGCUUAGGUUAAUAAAGUGCUGUUGAAAUAUUAUUGAACAUAAAAGAACUGAUAACAAAAAUUCCUAUAGACUUGCUGCAAAUGUCAACAGUCAACUUAUAUUAUUUAGCUGCGAGAUUGAGCUCAAAUUUCUUAAAGUGCGGAUUUUGAGGGCCCGUUCGUUUUAUUAGCUCACGCAUUUUACUCCUUGCAGUACGAGACAAGUCACAAGUCUAAUUAAUUCCACGGGCGUUUAUCAAUGUUGCGCCUGCUGUAUGGCUGAAAAUCGCACAACUUGCUUCGCAUUGAACAUAUAUUGUGGCACUCGCUGUUUAUUUUACUCCUGUUGUUCUUUUAUCCACAGAAGGGACAAACUUUGGCUUUCCUGUAUAAAAUAGAUUCGGCUCAUUUUUUCAAGGAAAUGCAAGUAAUACAGCUUGGUAUGUAAGUUAGCAAGAAUUUUCUUUUUUUAGACAUUGACAGUAUCUGACAAGAAAAGUCUUGACAAGAUUCCAGAUGUUCCUGGUCUUCUCUCAUAUCGUAAAGAUAAUAAACAACUUUACGUCAAUCAAGGAUCAAAGUGGCAAGCAUUGGGGAAAGAACAGGAGGUUUGAUCCUAAAUGUGGAUUAGGGGGGGGGGUGUAGCACCGAAGAGAAAAUGGUGGGUAAACAAACUUUUGAGUGAGUAAACUUAAAGGUUGGGUAAAUGAAAACAAAACAAAACAACUCAAGGGUUAGGUAAUAAAAAUUUAUUGUCAUUUCCAAAGCAUGACUUACUCAAACAUUGAAUUAAUCGGCAAUCUCAUCAGUUAUAUGUCAAUAUAUAGUGAGUACAAUAUAUAAAUCAAUCAGGAGGCAAAUGGUAAAAAAUCAAAACAUUUUUUUACCCAACCUCAGAUAUAAAUUAAAAACAGUAAGUACGUACCCAAGCCUGACCAAAACCUUUACAAAAGGAUACCAUUUAGUUGUUACACAUGUCCUUUACCACUUCUGUGAUAUGUGACAUGAGUUUGAUAACUGCUUGUGCAAUUUUCUGUAGUCUAAAGUUUCAUGUUGUCUGCACAUGUAUUUCCUUCGGAGACACUGAUUGGAUGAUCAGCAAAAUGUUUACCAAGAGAAACAUUUCACCCCACACCCCUUCCCCACCAAAAAUAAUGGCGGCCUGUCCCUAACGAUCGAAUCUAUUUCAAGGUUCAACAACUACAACAAAAAGUGAAAACACAAGAAAAGACAAUAGAGAAGAUAGAAAAGGAAUAUGAAGGUAGAGUAAUCAAUCAAAUCUCUAGAUAGUCUCCAUUCGAAGUAGCUUUUUUCCAAACAGUGUUAAAGUCAUCACGAAUAUAUUCCUGUACUUUUAAUUUGGCUAAUGAAUCCGUCGUCAAUAGCGCGAUAGCUCAUUGGGCAUAACAGCAGACCAGUUAAGUGAUUGUGCAAAUUUAAUCCUGCUAUAGGACAAAGCUUGGGUUUUUCAUAGUGUAGUUACCUCAGUUUAAUGUUAAAGUUAGCGUGAAGAUUUUGCCUUAAAAUGGAAAGGAGAUUUGUACUUAAAACAAAGGCCGUUAUUUUUUACAGGUAUAUACUUUGAUUGUGUUAACUAUUUCCAUCCGAUUGAACCGUCUUGUGAGAUUUCACGAUGACAAAAGUGCCUUCAUCCCCUAGUGCAUUUAUUUUAUAAUGUGAAGCCCCAAGCACUUAACCUAACCAGUAUUUUGUGAUAUGAGCUAUAAAAAUGGUGACAGCCAAUUAUACACACAUGCAUGUAGAGGGAUAUGAAGGUUUUUACAAAAAUACCAUUUGUCCAAUAUCAUUAACUUUAAUGAACACAAGUAAUUAACACAGCAUUUAUUUACCAUUGCAGAAUUUAAGAGCUUCAUGGAGCAACUUGACGCACCCGGUUGGUGUACCGAAUUGCGACAACGAAACGCUAGUCUGUCAAGUGGAAUCUACAACAUCAACCUUCAAAGACGAUCGUUUACAUCGGCUGCUAAAUCGGUUGCCGUUUACUGUGACAUGACGUCAAAGAAUGGUGUUGGUGUGACGGUGAUUGGGCAUGACAGCGAAUCAAGAACACUUGUGAAGGGGUAUGAAAGUCAAGGGAGUUACAAACGAAGCAUCAAGUACGAUUUGCCUAUGGAACAGAUUGAUGCAAUCGUAGAACGGUCCACGAAUUGUGAGCAGUUAAUAAAAUAUGAAUGUUAUGGUAGCGGUUUCUGGUUCCCUAGUCCUGACAGUUGGUGGGUAUCACGUCAAGGUUCACCGAUGGAUUACUGGGGAGGAGCGGCAGUCAGCAGUGAAAAAUGUGCAUGUGGAAUGACCAACACCUGUGCAGGUGGAGGAAAAUGUAAUUGUGACAGGAAUGAUGGAAAAUGGCGUGAAGACAGUGGAUAUCUGACAGACAAGAGCACACUGCCUGUUACUCAACUGAGAUUUGGAGAUACCGGUCAUGGUACUGAGAGAGGAUACCACACACUGGGAAAAUUGCGAUGUUGGGGUUAA